AACGUUAAUUUCUCAACAUUCCCUGGUGUGAUGGUACUCCUUUAAGGGUUAAAACCAGUUAAAACGAAAUAAAACCUCAUUUUACCACAGCAACUGCUAGAUAAGGACACAAAGUAUUGCUGAGUGAAAGAUAAAUUUAAACCUACAUCAGACUACAACAUAAUAGGUGAUCUGACAAGUCUCUUCUCCUCAGAACUGAAGAUGCCUCGCACACAAAUCCACCCUGAGCCUUCUGAUCUAAGCAGUCAGGAAUCAAUUUGGUCUUCUGUGGUGCAGAGAAGCCAAUCAGACAUUCGCCUUCUGAGGGUGAUAAGACGCAUGGUUGGUCGUCGGGCCAGCUUUCGGGGGAAUGAAGAGGAGAUUGAAACAUCUGAGGAAAGCCAAUGUUCCUCCACCUCCUCUGGUUCUACUCUCGAGCCAGUGUGGGAGUUAGAGCCUACACCAAAGUAUCCACCUAAAACCGCUCCAGCUGAAGCCGUUCCACCUAAAGCCGUUCCACCUAAAGCUGCUCCAUGUAAAGCCAUUCUACCUAAGACCGUUUCACCUAAAACUGUUCCAUGUAAAGCUGUUACACCUAAUGCUACUCCACGUAAAGGCGUUCCACUUGAAGCUGCUUCACCUAAAGCCACUCCACCUAAAGCUGAUCCAUCUAAGGCUGCUCUACAUAAAGUCGCUCCAUCUAAUGGUGCUCCGCGUAAAGUCGUUCCACUUAAAGCUGCUCCACCUACACAGUCAAGACGACCUUAUGCUGGCACAAAUACAAAUAAUGAGAUAUGUGGAUGCCAGGUAAGAAAAGUUCAGCCCAAAGCGCAGAUUGUGCUGCUCUUCCCCGGACAUCCAGACCUUGGCUAUAGGCCCACCACGAUGAUCAGAUUCCCUGAAGUGUCACCUAUUCACAGGGCAUCCCAAGUUGCCCUUCCUCCGCUGUUGUCAACUCAGUGUCAGCCAGCCCCAAGGACCCCUUGGAACCAGAGUCAAACACCAACACUGCAAGCACCUGGCCCUUCAGAUACAGCCAUCGCUAAUGCAACUGAAGUCUCUCCUGAAUCCCCACAUCCCCAGGUUGCAGAAAUAACAAGAAAGAUGAGAAAGAUGGACAGAGCAAGCGACCUUAUGGACUUGAUUAUAGUCACCAGACAAAGAAAGCUGGCUGAAUUACAAAUCCUCGAUCUGGAUAUCAGAGGCCUUCCUGCCAAGAUAAAGCAGAUGAGGAGGGACCAUGACUACAUGAUCGAGGCAUGGGAAAGGGACAGGCUGCAGAGGGAAGCCGAUACAAUGCAAUUGGAUGGGGCCAAACCCGAGGGUGAGACCCUGGCAGGGGUGAGGGACGAGGUGAAGACUGAUGCUUCUGCUCUCCUGUUACAGCAAGGCUCAGAGUGCACCUCACUAAGCUGUUCUUCACCUGUCAUACUUCAUAAGCCAAAUCAAUCUGAAGCAAGCCAGUCGACCCAAGAAAAGAUGACCCAACCCAGCGACUGAAGGAAUUACAGUACUUGGUACUGACAACGGAAAAGAAACUGGAAUUGGCGAAACAGCUGGAAAAAGAUACAAGGGCGUCUUACAAAAACGAGAAAGACCAGCUGGCAUUGAAGAAAAAAAACUUCCAAAAAAAUAAAAAAUGAUUGCUGUCUGACCUGAAAAGGAGGACUAAGGAAGAACUGAAGGUGCUAGAGGUCGAAAUAGAACAAGGCCAGAAGAGGGUUGAUAAGGAGCUGAAACAAGAGACAGCCAACCUGAAAGCUCUCUUGAACCAGUAUAAAAAGGCCUUGAAAGAUGAAAAGAAGGAAAAGGAGAGGCAGAAGGUUCUGGAAAAGCAACAAAAGGAAAAAGCAAAGGAAGAGAAGCUCAAGCAGAAAAAAAAUAAAGAAGGAAGAGGAGAAAAAACUUCAGAUGGAGUUGGCCGAGGAGAGAAAAAUAAAAAAAGCAUUGUUUGUUGAGAAACGGAAGAAAGAGAUAAGCAAAAUAUGGGAAAAGAGGGAGAAAGAGGAAAACAGGACAUUAAAGAUAAAGGCUAAAUGUGAAAAAAGAAGUCAGAAAAGCAACAGAAGAUGGACAAAAAGAAUAAACAAAGCUACUAAAAUCAAAAACAAAAUAACUGCAGCGCCAGGACGUUUCUUCCGGCUUUUCCAACCCAGUUAUGGAAAGAAAGUGGAGAAAAUGCUGAAGGAGCAACAGGAUGAACAGCAGCUCUGGCAACAAAAUGCAAAGGAUAACGAGCAGUGGCUUAAUGAGGAAAGGGUGAGGAAGAGGCAGGAGGUGGAGCGAGCGGAGGAGGAGAACAAGAGGCGCCUGGAGGAAAGGAGGAAAGCACAUGCUGCCGAGCAGGAGGCCAACGAAUGGGGCGGCAAGAUGCGGGUUGUGCUGUCAGCAGCGAGGAGCAGUGCAAGCCGCAUCAACAUACAGUUCUGAAAAAAGAGACGACAGGACACCAAGAAGGAGCAGAGGUGCAAAAGAAGCAAGAAAGGAAGGAACACAAGGAAGUUUCCAGGGGGAGGAGAGCAGGCAUUUUCACAGGAACUGCUGCUACCAAACACACAGGAACUGUCAUCAUAAAACUCCUUGUAUGGUUUGUAUGAGAAGUAUCGGGACAUUGUCACCAAGGUAAGGCAGAUUUAGAUGUUAAUUUGCAUGGCAUGAUGCCAGGAGACCUUCUGCACUGUUAUGCUAUCCAGAGAUGAAGAGGCUAAUGAUCAGAGCCUAUGGAAUGCUAAUAUAAUUCAGAAAUUAGAGGUGAAUCACAGGUGGCAAUGCAAAACAGUGAGGUGACAGGCAAGCGCUGUCAGUGUGUACGCAGCUUUCAAGAAGGUUAGUUAUGCUAAUCAAAGAAAUGUCUUCUCUCCAGGUAGACUCAAACUAACUGUGUCCUGACCACACAAACAUGAGUAUCAUACAAUAGAGGACGAGGAGAAAUCAUGGUGGAAGCAGAUCUAUCCGCUCCAGCGGGAACUCUCAACUAAAAGCUUCUCUCGAACACCGCUCCAUCCAUCUGCUGUCCCAGCACCAGCCCAAGGAGGAUGGGUUCCCCCAACAGCCUGGGUCCUCCCAAGGUUUCUUCCAGCUUUCAGCUGGGAGUUUUCCUUGCCACCGUUGCCUAACUGCUUGCUUUUGGGGGCAUGAGGACAGUGUGAAUUUCUAUUUUAUAGAACACAAAAAUCGCCACAAUAAUAAAAACAAAAACAUUUA